CUUAAGUACACACUGCUAGUUUGCCUGUAUAACAUUACACAGCUCCUGGUCACAGAUAAAGAAAACAGCUCAGCGGAGAUCACAGGAGUCUUCUUUCUCCUUUGGAGACCCAUCAGAAAGCUUGUCAUGUCCCAGGUGAUACCCAACCAUGUAUUACGUGUGGGACAAUCGGUUUCCUUGACAUCCAAAGAAGACAGUGGUGGUUUCCAGCAAACCGUGCACCCAAGGUGCAUCUCCAUGACCAGUAAAUAUACUUACUUUGGCACAGAGAGGUGUGUAGGACAGAUCGGUUCUCCAAUCAAUGGCUAUAAUGGAGCUAUUUAUGGUGGUGAGAAUCACCUAGCCUCCAAUACUAUGUUCAGGGGGGCAGAAGAAGGCCCUCAAGGUACCCAGAGUGCCCAGCAAGUUGUACCUGAAUGGAAGACCACCAUGAAACAAACUGCAGAUAAGAGAGUCAUCGAUAGAGGAGAACCAAUAUCUCCAACACUGGAUGUUUCCAUAGAUACGCUAAACAAGCUAAUUUUUCAGCUGGAUCCUACUUUCCAACCUCUGCCAAUCAAAACGGAGCAGGUUUAUAAAAGUUCAACGCAUUCCGAUUCACCGUGUAGACCAGAGAACUUCAAAACUACAAGUCCACCAGAUAUAAAGUGCGUGGAUUUGAACACUCGAAGAGCUAGGUGUGAAGAGGUCAUCCCAUGUUCAUCAAGUCCCACUCCAAGAUCUGAGGGCAUCUUAAUUUCGAGAGGGACGCAUGUGGAGGAUUAUCCACCCAAUGGUAGUGUCAUUUUCAGUGAGACGUCUCCGCACACCAGUGGACAUGUAGAUCACCACCAUGGUCCUUCCUUUGGAGGAUACCACCAAGCUACAGAGGGUAUUGCCAUCCCACGUCAGAAGUCUUAUCACAGUUGCCAGAUGUCUACAUCGCUGGGUUCAGAAACCAUGCAAAAAGCUCCAUUCCGAAUCAGCGAUGCAUCCAUUAUGUCCAACAGCCCCGGAUCAGAUACCAGCUACCGUCUAGGAAGCACCCACUCACUUCUCCAUGAUGAUAUAGACCCCUUCAGGUCUCUGGAAUCAUUUUCAAAUUUGAAUAGCCCUGCUGUAAUAUCCCCGUCUUCAUCCAUUCAUUACUUUGAUCAAAAUACAGAAAGCUGUAGUCCAAACAUAACUCUGCCUGGGUUGCCAAACCUUUCUAAGGCAUUCCGUCAUACACCUACCAAGGGUCAUGCCAACAGCUGCCCUCCAUCGGUCGCCGGUUCCAGCAUGGAUAUCCCUAUCCUUCUCGUCAAUGGAUGUCUGGAAAGUGAGGAUAGCUCCUCCAAAUCAUCAAAGAGUUUCCAUGGUCAUCAAAGGCGCAGCAGCUCCUCCAGUUUUAACAGGGUCAACAAGACCUACUCAGACUCGUCUAUUUCCACCUCCUCAGAAGGUUCUGGCAAAGAUGGGCAGCCUGGCAUGAAAUCUGUAAUGGCCUCUACCAAGCACUGGUUUAAGCCCAGUCUUACAAGAGACAAAGCUAUUGAGUACAUUAAGGACAAAGAGCCAGGAACGUUCGUUAUCCGCGACAGCACAUCCUUCCGAGGGUCCUUUGGGUUGGCCAUGAAGGUCCCUGGCCUGCCAUCUAAAACAGCCAAAGAAACAAAUGAACUUGUACGACAUUUCUUGAUUGAAUCGUCAGCCAAAGGUGUUCACAUAAAAGGAGCUCCCGAAGAGCCUUAUUUUGGGAGUCUCUCUGCCCUCGUUUAUCAACACACUAUCACCCCUUUGUCGUUACCCUGCAAAUUAUUCAUACCUGACAAAGAUCAGCACAAUGAGGAGAGCAUCCCGGAUUCUCCUCCGGGAGUCACAUCAGCUGCUUGCAACGUCCUCUAUCUAAACUCUGUCAGCACCGAGACUCUGACCGGAUCCAGCGCAAUCCAGAAAGCCGUGUCCGCCACCUUUGAACGGUCCAACCUACCCAUGCUUACCAUUGUGCACUUCAAAGCCAACGAGCAAGGAGUUACUUUGACUGAUGUCCAACGAAAAGUAUUCUUUCGUCGCCAUUAUCCCCUCUCAACCCUCAGUUUCUGCAGCGUGGAUCCUGAGCUAAGGAAGUGGCAAAAGCAAUGCAAAUCCUCAAGGAUUUUCGGCUUUGUCGCAAAGAACCCAACUGAUCCCUCUGACAACGUGUGCCACGUUUUUGCAGAAUAUGAUGUCAUUCAACCAGUUUCUCCCCUAAUCAGCUUCCUAACAAACCUGAUUCAACAGCAGGAGAAGGCAUGAGUCCUGCACCCGCUACUAGAGGGAUCCUUCUGUCCAUCUAUGCUUUCUCCAUUUGGGACUUCCCUAGUGAGAUGUCUUUCCUAUUGCACCUUCUUGGUGUUCUGCACUGAUCCUACCACGGACUGCUCUAUUUGGAAAGCGUGUGUGAAGAGCCAAUGAACGAACAUUAACUCCAGAACCUAAAGGGGGUAAAUUGAGAUUACUCGACCACCAAGGAGCACGUGUGUUUUCCGUACGGCCUUCUCCAGUCUAGCACUUUUUUCCAGUGUUUGUUUAGCCAAGCAUGGUUUUGUGGGACAUACAAGCCUCCUUGUUUCCAGAUGUUCAUAUUAGCUUCAGAUCAGUAACAACGUAACGAAUAUUACUGAAAUAUUUGUAUAUAUAUAUAUAAUCAUGGUGGAAAGCUAAACGCUUCGCUACAGCUUGUUCUUUGUAAUUGUAUAUUAAGGUUAUUGCGCAAUUCUAUGCCAAACAAAUGAAAUGAUCAUGAUGGUAUCAUAAUAAUAUGGAGAGGAUGUGAGUAGGCAAAUUUGAGAGACACGGAGUCACAGAGCGGAAAAGUUUAUCUCUUCUUUAUACUGAGGAGCACAUGUUCUGGAAACUUUAUAUAUUGAAUGUGAUGACAUCAUCACCCAACUCAGCCCGUCAGGUCACCGACAGAACU